AUUUUAUUUUUCAGUUUAAGUUUACUUCUCUUGGUCAAUUUAUUCGAAGUGAAGUGCUCGUUAAACGGUUUGCGUGGUUAAAAUAAGUUAUUACUGCUAUCAUUCUUCAAAAUGGUGGAUGUUUUAGAUAUUGAUAACGCAGAAGAUUUCGAAGUUGACGAUGAAGGAGAUCAAGGAAUUGCUCGAUUAAAGGAAAAGGCAAAGAGAAGAAAAGGAAGAGGACAUGGAGCUGAAUUGGUAUCAACAAGAGAUGAUGUGGGUCAUUAUGAAUCUAUGCACGUUGUAGAAGAAGAUGAUGAUGAACCUGGCCCACAAAGAUCUGUGGAAGGAUGGAUUUUGUUUAUUAAUUCAGUGCAUGAAGAAGCUCAAGAAGACGAUAUACAAGAUAAAUUUUCUGAAUUUGGACAAAUAAAAAAUCUACAUUUAAAUUUAGACAGAAGAACAGGUUUUUUGAAAGGUUAUGCUUUAGUAGAAUAUGAAACAUUCAAAGAAGCACAAGCUGCAAAAGAGGCAUUAAAUGGUACUGACAUUUUAGGUCAACCAAUUUCUGUUGAUUGGUGUUUUGUUAAAGGACCUAAAAAAAUUAGGAAAAGGAGCCAUAGAAGACGGUGAAAAUAAAUACGAGUAUACAUAUACAUACAUAUAUGAUAUGAUGAUAUAAAAAAAUAACUUCUACUAUUUGCAUUUUUAAAAGUAAUCAAUAUAUAAUUUAAGAGUAACAAUAUUAAUGUGGAAAAUGAUGAUUGACCACUAAUUUUGAUCAGAAAAUGUUUCUCUUAUUUUUCAAAUGGCACAAUAACAUUUAAUUUUAUUUUAUUAAUUAAAUUUAUACUUGUAUUCAUCAUAUAAAUAAAAUGCUUAACGGGCUUA